CUUUUCGUUGUCUGACUUCGGAUGAGAGUUUGCCGGGUUGCGUCUUUGUUCCUGGUGGAAUUGAAGGGGCCUUGGCUGCAGACGGUGGUAGUGGUGUUUUUGAAAUUAUGUUGCUGGAGUACCCGCAUGAGAUGGGGGCGGCGUGGAGGUCUCUCAUGACGUACGGUGGCAUUAAGGCGGCUGUCAUCUCCAUGACGCUUGCCCCGCGUCACAGUUCUUCGGGGACGGCGCAACAGCUGACGUUAUGGGGUGGAACGGAAACUGGUGCUAUUUACAUGUGGGAUGUUGGCAGCGGUACACUGUUGCGACGUGUAGAUGAGGUCACUCCUUCGUGUUCACCGAUACAUUAUCUUUACUGCGCCCCACACAUGGAUCCACGGCACAUGUGGGUCUGUACUCGAGGCGGUAGCGUCACACUGUGGGAUACCAGUCGAUUGAUGAUGCUCAGUGAACUUCCGGUGAGUUACCCAAAGGGACCCGCUGUGAGCCGCCCGAGUUCCAGGUCACGUCAUCUCCACAGUGGCGGCAGCGGGACGGAUGCUGAAAAGUGUUUUCUGCGGCAUUUGGUCUCCGAUGCGUCCGAGGCACCAAGUCACUUUACCCUCUUUGUUAGGCCGAUUGAACCGGUUGUGACAUUACGGCUCUGGGCCGCGGCGACGGACGGGACAGUGCGGUCGUGGUUGUGUCAAACAACUUUGUCGGGUCUCUCUGCCGGGGAGAAAUCUUCAACAUUGGGAGCCUCCCGCAGCACAUCUCAUGCCGCGGGGGCGGUGCCAGCGAGCGUCAUGGAUCGUGACUCUAACGUCAUUGAAAAGGAGACCGUCCGCGUGUUUAUUGAGGGAAAAGCCCGACUAUUUGUGGAGGAAACAACCGCACUGCACAAUGAUGUCUCGCGACUCAGGCGUGAGGUUGCAGCCCUGCAGGCGAGGAAUCGCGUCUUGGCGGAUGCUCUUAAAAAAGCUAUUGGCCGCAUUGCCAGCCGUACGGAUGAUGAUAAUGAUGUGUCAAAAAAAAAGCCACAUGUAGACUCGCCCCUGUCCGAAGCCUCUCCACCGAGGGUGACGGGAGAGACGCCGCAUACCGACUCGAUACGAGUCGUCUUGAAGGAACUACACAGCAGGCUGCAGGAUGCCUUUGACGAAAGUGAAAAACUUGCUGCGGAGAAAAUGGCGCUGCGUUUGCAGCUCACUGAUAAAACGCAGCGGCCCGAGUUGUCUCACGAGGGGCCUGCCGCGUUAACUUCGGGUAAGUCCUCCCAACAGGAGGCGGUCAUUCAGGGGAAUCAAAUAACGGUGGGGUGCCUGCAGGAAGAGCUUGCUAUAUGCCAAGAGGCGAGCACAAGCUACAUGCAUCAUUGGCAAGAGGAGCAGGUACGUCGCGAGGCCGCGGAGAGGGAGUGUGAGUUGUGCAAGCAACGUCUCCUGACGCUGGAGGACGAGUUGGAUCGCGCCAGAACUCUACUAUCCCUUCAUGCCAUGGAUGCCUCAGGGGGGCAGAAUAACACUCGCCAGGCCGUACAGAAUGAAGGCAUAGAUGGGGGGAGGGAGUUGGAAAAGCUUGCCUUUUGUUCCGGUGCAUUGGGUGGAAGGAUAGACGCCUCCAUCGACGCUGCUGCUGUCAUGCACGAGUUGGAGUCAGCGCAGGCAGAACUCCUUCGGCGAGAGCGGAGGCUGGCGGAAGCGCAAGAGAGGUUGCAGGAGAUGCGGAGAGAUGUCCAGCGGUCGCGAGAGGCAGUGGAUGCCAAGGCGGCAGAAUUGCACCGCACGCAGCAGCGGCUAGUGGAAAAAGAGUCUAUUCUACUUGAACAUGCUGAACGACUGUGCGCCCUCGAGGAGGAGCUACGCCGCAAGGAGCGUUGUUUGCUACUAUGGCGCGGCUACAGUCGUUGA